CUAUAGGACAUAUAGCUGGCUGUAUAAAGUGUCGUGUCUUGUUCACUGACUACACAACAACAGCAGCAGAAAUCAUCACCCUGCUACUGCAAAUUGACGGGAAAAACUGUUUGACCAUGAUGUCCCUGUACUUGGCAGUGUUGGUGCUCUGUAUGAGUGCUGUGUUUGCGGCCCCUAUGUUUGACUCUCAGUUGGAGGGCCACUGGCACUUGUGGAAGAACUGGCACAGCAAGAACUACCAUGAGAGCGAGGAGGGCUGGAGAAGGAUGGUUUGGGAAAAGAACCUGAAAAAGAUUGAGAUGCACAACCUGGACCACUCUAUGGGAAAACUCUCCUAUCGUCUGGGCAUGAACCAAUUUGGUGACAUGACCAACGAAGAGUUCGGGCAGCUCAUGAACGGCUACAAGCAGACGACUGAGAGGAAGUACAAGGGCUCUCUUUUCAUGGAACCCAAUUACCUGCAGGCCCCUGAAGCCGUGGACUGGAGAGAGAAGGGCUACGUCACUCCCAUCAAGAACCAGUGCUCAUGUGGGUCUUGCUGGGCGUUCAGUUCCACCGGAGCCAUAGAGGGCCAGCAAUUCAGGAAGACUGGCAAUCUGGUGUCUCUGAGUGAACAGAACUUGAUGGACUGCUCCAGACCCCAGGGCAACGAGGGCUGUAAUGGGGGUCUCAUGGACUUGGCGUUCCAGUAUGUAAAGGACAACGGCGGCCUGGACACAGAGGCGUCCUACCCCUAUGUGGGCAAGGAUGAUGAUAUUUGCCACUACCGACCAGAGUUCAGUGCUGUCAAUGAAACUGGCUUUGUGGACAUCCCCAGUGGCAAAGAACACGCUCUGAUGACGGCUGUGGCGUCUGUCGGCCCCAUCGCUGUCGCCAUCGAUGCCAGCCACGAAUCCUUUCAGUUCUACCAGUCUGGGAUCUAUUAUGAGGAGAAGUGCAGCAGUGAGGAGCUUGACCAUGGAGUUCUGGUGGUGGGAUACGGUUUUGAAGGAGAGGAUGUAGAUGGCAAGAAAUUCUGGAUUGUCAAGAACAGCUGGAGCGAGAAAUGGGGAGACAAAGGCUACAUCUACAUGGCCAAAGACAGGAAGAACCACUGUGGCAUCGCCACGGCAGCCAGCUACCCACUGGUCUAGUGUUCUGUAAGUUCUCGAACACUAGACCCAGAGUUUUAGUUUUAGAGAUGUUUGACGAAUGUUC